CGCCAGGAGCGCACUAUGUUGGACAUUGAGGCACCAGUCACGGUGUGUGGAGAUAUCCAUGGCCAGUUCUUCGACCUGAUGAAGUUGUUUGAAGUUGGAGGUUCUCCUGCCAACACACGCUACCUCUUCCUAGGGGACUAUGUGGACAGGGGCUACUUCAGUAUUGAGGUAAAAUCGGACCCAUUAUCUACCAGUGUGCACAACAACUGGAAUUUUUGUGUGUUAUACUUGUGGUCACUGAAAAUCCUCUACCCAAAGACGCUCUUUCUUCUACGGGGAAACCAUGAAUGUAGACAUCUGACAGAAUAUUUCACCUUCAAACAAGAAUGUAAGAUCAAGUACUCGGAGCAGGUGUACGACUCCUGCAUGGAGGCGUUUGAUUGCUUGCCCCUGGCAGCCCUGAUGAACCAGCAGUUCCUGUGUGUGCAUGGGGGGCUUUCACCAGAGAUUCACACGCUGGACGACAUCAAGAAGUUGGACCGGUUCAAGGAGCCCCCAGCGUUUGGGCCCAUGUGUGACCUGUUGUGGGCAGACCCCCUGGAAGACUUUGGCAAUGAGAAGACCCAGGAGUACUUUGGCCACAACACAGUCAGAGGCUGCUCCUAUUUCUACAGUUACCCGGCAGUGUGCGAGUUCUUACAGACCAACAACCUGCUGUCAAUCAUCAGAGCGCAUGAAGCACAGGAUGCUGGUUAUCGUAUGUACAGGAAGAGUCAGACUACAGGUUUCCCCUCUCUCAUCACCAUCUUCUCUGCUCCAAACUAUCUGGAUGUCUAUAACAACAAAGCGGCGGUGCUGAAAUAUGAGAACAACGUGAUGAACAUCCGUCAGUUUAACUGUUCUCCUCAUCCAUACUGGCUGCCCAACUUCAUGGACGUCUUCACCUGGUCGCUGCCUUUCGUGGGAGAAAAGGUGACUGAAAUGCUAGUCAACGUCCUGAGUAUCUGCUCUGACGACGAACUCAUGAACGAUGGCGAGGAGAUCUUCGACGCCAGCGCAGCAGCAGCCAGGAAAGAGGUGAUCAAGAACAAGAUACGAGCCAUCGGGAAGAUGGCCAAAAUGUUCUCAGUUCUACGGGAGGAGAGUGAGAACGUGUUGACCCUGAAGGGGCUGACCCCUACAGGCAUGCUGCCAAGCGGAGUGUUGUCUGGGGGCAAACAGACCCUGCAGAGCGGAAAUGAUAUUUUACAGAGGAAACAGACUCUUCUGGUGAAGGCAGCAGCCAAGACAACAAGAAGAAGUCAGAAGAAAAAGGUCUUUGUAAAGCAUUUAUAUUAACGCAUCAGUGCAUGCAGAGUUAAGUUCUUUGAUAAUAAUGUGAAGAUUAUAUUUGUGCUCUGUGUUUCACUAUGGUAGGAAAUUCUUUUCUUCUUGUUUUGCUGGCUAAUAUAAAUGA